CUCUAGACCGUCUUCAUUGCAUUCUCUGAUGGUUGCAUCGCCGUCACAGCCGAUCCGCCCUCCAUGAAAGUCAUUGCCGACUCGUUUGCUGGUGAGUCAGCAGUGACAUCCAUGCACGCCGGCCUAGCUGUGGCAACGACAUAGAUCCCCCUGCGUCAGUGUUGGUGUGUGCCUGCGUCGGUCACGUCCCGCCCUGUGAACGCACUCUGGAAGCGAGAGGCGUCUCGCUCCUGGAGUCCCUGUACAUCUGCGGCGGCACCGACUCGGACAAAGACCAACAUGGGCAGCGCAAGACAAGCAGCAGAGAGAAAGAUGCGCAAUGCCAACGGAAAAACCAUCGCUCAGCAGUCACAUCGCCAUCAAUCAACACCGACGAAGACCCCCCUCUCCCCCUUUCCCCACCCCCACCAUCCGUCGCACUUGUCAUCCGUCAUCCCUGGCUGAAGGGCUGCAUGAAUGCGGCGGGGUUGACGGGCGCGUUGGGGAACUGACUGGUCGGCAUGGUGGGGAACUGGGAAGGCGGGAUGCUCGCGAACUGCUGCAUGGGGGCGCGAGGCGCCAUACGCUGCAUCAGCGACUUGUUCUCCUACACACACACACACACACACACACAGAGAGAGAGAGAGCCACGCGGUCUCUGGGCUGAGAGGGUCAGUUUCCGUGAUAUGUGUGGUCGGUUGGCUCACCAUGUCGAGUUGUCUGAUGAGUUUCUUGCGCUCGUCGACGCGCCUCGCGGCAGUCGCCUCUGCUAUCUUCGAUGCCAUCAACGCCUGAACCACACACCACACACACACACACACACAAACCUCACGUCACUAUCCGUGUCGGUGUCUGUCUGUUCGCCCCUCCCUGUCACUCCGCACCUUCUCCACAGGUCCCUCGUCUUUGCAUCGGUCGAUGACUGUGGCGAGGUCAGCCUCCAGCUUCUGCCGACGACGCUUACGGUCACGCAACGCCUCACCCUCGGCAGCCGCUGCAUGCAUGGGCAUGGAUGGAUGGGGUGGAUCCACAGAACACGCAGACAAUAUGCCAUGCCAUCAAAUACGUCCCUGUUACAUGCAUGUGUGUGUGGGUGGGUGUUUCCUGCAGGGCACCUCCCUCACCGGCAGCCUCUGGGUCGACGCCUUUGUAGUGCAGCGGCUGGUCGGUGUAGUAGACGUGGUAGGGCACGAGGCCCUCCAGCACGUCGCGCACCGUCUUGAACGGCUCCAGCGCCUUCCUGUGAUCCCCUAUCACAACCUGACGGUCGUGCGCCUCAUGCCGCCGCAACCUGAUGAUGAGCACACAAACACACGCACACGCACACGUGCACACCCAUACCCAUCUCUGCCUGCCUGUGUGGUGCUGAAAGGCCGCUCACCGCUGUCUCUUCUUGGCCUGGUUGAUCUCGAAUUCCUCGAGGAGCUUCAGAGGCUGAGAGAAGCGCUUGAGAGCUGGAUCAAGGCCCUUGCGGGCGGCGCCAUAGUGCGCCAGGGGUCGGAGAGGGGGUUGUUUGUGCUGGCCGUGCUGUCUGGAUGCCCCUCGGCCAUCGACCGGCGCUGUCAUGGCGUGUGCGGCUGACUGGGACGCACUCAUGUGCUGCAAGGGACGCUCUGAUGGCUGUGACAUUGGG